GCUUUACUCAAAUAAGGAUUCGACAGAGGCCAUUAAAUUUCUUAAUAAUACCGCAAUUCCAGUGCUGGCAGAAAGUUCACGGGCAUGUGAGGGACUUCUAAUCUCAAGGGAAAUUGUUGAUACAUUAACGUCAAUGAAAGAAAAUAAAAGCCCAGGAAACGAUGGCUUAACGGUUGAGUUUUAUAAGGCAUAUUGGCCACUGUAUGCAGGAACUCAAUGGACUAAAUUUAACUGUGUAUUACUUGUGAAGUGGUCAGUGUUAAGCAAUUGUACAGCAGGAAGUGGUGGUCUAUUUGGUCAGACGGCUGCCACAGCACCAUUUGGACAAACUAGAACAACACCCACUGCUGGACUUUUUGGUGCUGGUGGGUUUGAUGCCAAUGUUCCCACAGGUACAACUAUAAAAUUCAAUCCUCCUAUGGUUACCGAUAUAAUGCAGAAGAGGGGUGUUUCCUCCAAUAUCAACACAAGACAUCAAUGUAUCACAGCUAUGAAAGAAUAUGAAAGUAAAUGUUUGGAGGAAUUGAGACUUGAGCACUACGGAGCAAACCGUAAAAGUUUCUUUUUGGUGAAGGAGUCUGGAUUACUUGGAGCAGGUGGCUCCAGAACACAGACAGAUACAAGUAAAGGAUUGUUUGGAGCUACCGCUAUUGGCACUACUGGUGGCUUUGUCGGUCAAAAUAAAACAUUUCCUGCAGGUUUGUUUGCCACACCAUCCACAUCUACUCCCAGUGGUGCAGGCUUUGGUGCUAAUUUUGGAGGUACAGCAGGAACUGGUGGUAUAUUUUGUCAGACGGCUGCCACAGCACCAUUUGGACCAACUGGAACAACACCCACUGCUGGACGUUUUGUUGUUGGUGGGUUUGGUGUCAAUGUUCCCACAGAUACAACUAUAAAAUUCAAUCCUCCUACAGGUACAGAUAUAAUGCAGAAGAGGGGUGUUUCCUCCAAUAUCGGCACAAGACAUCAAUGUAUCACAGCUAUGAAAGAAUAUGAAAGUAAAUGUUUGGAGGAAUUAAGACUUGAGGACUACGGAGCAAACCGUAAAGGUCCAGGUACUGGGGCUGGAUUACUUGGAGCAGGUGGCUCCAUAACACAGACAGAUACAAGUAAAGGAUUGUUUGGAGCUACCGCUACUGGCACUACUGGUGGCCUGUUCGGUCAAAAUAAAACAUUUCCUUUAGGCACAACUGGAGAUGGACAGACUACCUCUGGUAGCUUUUUUGGACAGACUGCACAGCCACAACAAACAAGUCUAUUUGCUAGCAAGGCUGGUGGCUUUGGCGCAAGUACUGGUUCAUCAUUGUUCACUGGCACAACAGGAUUUGAACAAACUCAAAAAAAGAACAGGAUAUUUGCUGGUAACAUGACAAAUGAAAUCGACUUAACGCAGCUCAAGAAGAAGAGAACCAAUGCCAGAUCUCAACUCAACCGAGUGCUUAACAAGUUAGAAGCACUCAUCACUCAAUAUGAUACCCAGUCCGACAAAGCUGAUGCCUACGAAGAAAUCAAGUCACUCCGACCAGUCGCUGUCAGGCGCCUAGAAGUGCUAAUUGCUGUUGACGCGGAAAUGAUCAGUCAACUCACUGAAGACGACCAUGAAUUCCAAGAUACCGAUGACUAUGAGAUCGCUGCCUCAGCACGAGUCAACAAGGCGGUCAGUUUCAUCGAGAAACACAGCGCAGCCAAUAAACGACGCAUCGCCAGAGAACAUACCUUAACGCCAUAUCUACAAGCAAGUGGUGAUAUACAGUCUCUAACGACGAAAUUAAAAUCCAUGCAACUAUCUAAACUAGAAAUUCCUAUGUUCUACGGUGAUGCACUCCAAUGGUCACAAUUCGACGACAAAUUUGUCUCUACUGUCGACAAUAAUGAACAUUUAUCUAAAGUACAAAAAACUCGCAUAUCUACGAAGUUUCCUAAGCGGAGAAGCCAAACAUCUACUCCGAAUGCCUUGCAACAACCGAAGCCAACUACACACUCGCCUAUCAACUACUGA